ACACACGCACGCACGCAUACAAACAAACAAACAUAUUCUCAUUACUACUAUUUUUUCCACAGUAUAGAUUUUAUCUUACAUAUUAUCCUUAUCCGUCUGUCUCCCAUGCCAGCUGCUAGGAUUGCUAGAGGGUGAAAACAGCGGUGUCAGCUUUAAUGUAUUGGAGAGUUCCGGACAAUUUCCUUGGACUGGAGUCACUAACGGCGGAGACCUUACGGAAGGUUCUGGAUGGAUAAUGUACAACCCUUUCUACUCAAAAGCUGAUCCCAAAUCAAUGGGGCCACCAGGGCGUAAAGGCGAUCAGGGACCUAAGGGGCCGCGAGGAUUACCAGGAGGCAUUGGUCGUUCUGGCUUGCCUGGUAAAGAUGGUAUUCCCGGACCUAUGGGGCCGCCAGGAGAACCAGGUCCUCCCGGGGCAAAAGGUGAGCCUGGGCCAGCCGGCACGAAGGGUGACCGCGGUCAUUCUGGGCCACAAGGAGUCCCAGGACCUAUUUCUACACUUGUACAGCCUGAUGGAACAAACAUCACAGUUAUAAAGGUAAUCUCAAAUUCCACUGUAGUAAAAUCAAACUCGUCGCUGUUUAUUUCCUCUCAACAAGCGUCCCAUGCCAUUAGCAACCAUAAGAUAGGGACGGGAUUUCGCCAUCUUUUCAAUAUUUUCGUUGUCAUUACUGUGUGGGUUACAAUUCAAAGCACUUUUGAAUAAAUGUAUCAUAUGUAAUGUAUUGAAGGCCAUACUAUUAAACAAAGUAUUAUGUAUAUCUGUAUUCUAUUCUAUAUAAACUAUUAUCUUGUCGUU